GGUAUUGGGUACAUUUGUGUCACUUAUCGGUUUAGUUCGUGUUUUAAAAUGUUGUGCGCGCUUAUCAUAUUUGCGAUACUUCCUCUAUCAUUUGGAGAGGAAUUUAAUCUCCAUAUUGUGGAUCUGAAUAAUAUUAAUGCCAACGUGAACGACUCAUCAACGAGGAUUAUCGGAGGGACCCCGACUACGAUAGAGCGAUAUCCUUACACAGUACAGGUGCUAAGCAGCAGACAACUGACUUGCGGAGGAUCACUGCUCACCAGGAGACACGUGCUUUCUGCUGGUCACUGUUUCGUUAACUCCAAUAACCAGGUCAUCAGUGCGUCAGUAUACAGUGUUAGAGUGGGAUCUACUUAUAUUAAUACAGGAGGUGCGAUAUAUAAUGUAGAAGGAAUCAAGAUCCACGAGCAGUACAACGUUCCUCUCCGCAACAACGACGUCGCACUUCUCCUGCUGGCCUCCUACGUCAGUCUAAGCAGCUCAGUGGCUGUUGCUUCCAUCCCAGUCCAAGGGUCGGUGGUUCCAGACAACGCGACAGUCACUGCUGUGGGAUGGGGAAGGACUAGCACUGAAAUAGAAGGUGCAUCCCUGUAUCUGAACGAGGUUAAUCUCCGGAAGGUGAACCUGUACACCUGCACGGAGAGGUAUGACUGGCUGCAGAGUCUCACUGGCGACCCCUACAUCGUCACUAACGAGAUGAUGUGUACUGGACUACUUGAUGUUGGCAACAAAGACGCAUGUCAAGGUGAUAGUGGGGGUCCGCAGAUUUACUCUGGAGUUGUAGUGGGGGUCACGUCCUGGGGUUACGGAUGCGCGCAACCCUUGUUCCCAGGGGUUAGUGCGAGGGUUUCACAGUACACAAACUGGAUAAACAAUACUAUACACAGUUCAUCGGUUUGGCAAAUAAGGGACACUAACAACCAUUCACAAAGUAUAGCAAAUUUACAAUGGAUGCAACUUUUAAGUUUAUCAAUAUUACCAAUGCUGUUAUCUAGAUCAAAUAUUAACGUUGUUUUAGUAUAAGUUAUUUAAUAUAAUAUUAUAAUAAAA